AUGAAGUUCGGGAAGCAGCUCGAGGAUAAGAUCACCGCCGCGGGGGCGAUAGGGGAGAAGAUACCGUGGCUGAACUACGCGUGCGUUUCCCCGCCUUCAUCGCGUUCAUCGGAUCUGACGAUGAGGGAGGCAACCAAACGACGACGCGCUUUUUCUCCGUCGCCGACGGCGACGCCGCCGCUCCCCGCUGACGUCCCCGCCCGUUCUCGUCCUCGCAGUAAGCUGAAGAAGCUCAGGAAGUGCCGAUGCGGAGGCGAUGCCCCGGAGAAGGACGACGACGGCGACGACGAGUCCGAGUGCUCCAGCGAGGGGCGAGCGGAGGAGACGCGGCGUCGAGCGGAGGCGUCCGGCGAUGAUUCAAACGCCGACGCGACGACGACGCCGCCGCGCUCCACGCCCGCGUCCGCCGAUGACCCCCCGCCGAAGAACGAGAUGGACGACGACGACGAGAUGGACGACGACGACGACGACGACGACGACGACGACUCCCCCGACAAGGACGCCGCCGCCCCGAUGCACUACUGCGAGAUUUGCGCCACCGCGUUUUUCCGCGAGCUCGAUCGCUCCAUGAAAGCCACCGCCCGCGCGUACUUCGCGUGGGUGUCUCGCAUCCUCGCGUCCGCGCCGCUCCACCAACACAAACACACGUCUUCUCGAUCGUGGCUGCGCAGGGCGCUGUCAUGCUCGCCUUCCGCGGAGGGCGGCGCCGGGAUGAUGAUGUCGCGGUCGAAGCGGGAGAAGGCGGCGGCGAAGAAGAGGGAGAAGGCGGCGGCGGCUGCGUCGGCGUCGGCGGCGCGCGAGCGGCGGCGGAGCGACGGCAGCGCCUCUGGUGGGACCUCGCCGCACGGCUCCAGAGGCUCGCUCGCGGACGCCGCCGGCGCGAGUAGCUCUCCGGAGCGCGAGCUGAGCGACGACUGGGACGACUGGGACGACUGGGACGACGUCGGCGGGUCCGGGAGCGCGCCGGAUCUGUGCGGCGUCGACGUCGACGUCGAGACGGAGGCGAGAGAGUGCCUGCUCUGGAUCGAGCUCAACGCCACGGCGCUGAGGAAGAUUCUGAAGAAGUGGGACAAGACGAACCGAUCCACGAGAGGCCGCGAGAGGCUUCUGAAGUACUGGAGCGACUCGCACUACCAGAUGUUGUACUCGCCGCUCAUCAUGGAGCUACGCGUCGUCGCCGGGUUGCUCGAGGGCGGCGAGGAAGGGCCGCGGUGGAAACAUUUGACGAGCUCGGAGGACGCGCCGCGCUCGGAGAGCCCGACGCCGACGUCGUCCGCGCCCGCGACGCCAACCUUCUCCUCGACCACCGCGCAGAACGAGAACCUGACGUGCGGCGUGUGCCUCGACGUGCUGUACAAGCCCGUCGGGUUAGCCUGCGGGCACGUGUUCUGCCGCGACUGUCUGCUGCAAUCCGCGGGCGUCCUCGCCCCCGGCGCGUCGUUCAAAGACUUGCGACGGAACGCGAACCAGGUGGGCGUCGAGAUCGAGAACGAGGCGACGACGAGCGGCGAGGACGGGAGGGGGAGCGCGCGCGAGGGGGGGGAGAAGCGAGACGCGUGCCCGGAGUGCCGCCAGGAGCACGUCUUCGCGUCCAGCGUGAGGCUCAUGCACGUGCAGGAGAGCUUGCGCGCGGUUGACCCGGAAGGGUAUAAGCUUCGAAAGGCGGAGAGUAAGAAGCUUCGGAGGGGGCUCGGGAAGGAGGCCGCGCUGAACAAUAUGUUGCGGAUGAUCACCUCCGUCGCGACCCCGCGUGGACCGAUGACGACGACGUUGCACCACGCGCACGGAUUACACGCGCAGUUGGCGGCGGCGACGCAGGCGGCGGCCGGGCAACAACAUCACCCGGACUGAGAGCGAGCGGCGGCGCGAGCGGCGAGGCGUCGCGCGACGACGACGACGACGACGCGCGGGUUCUCUACUGUAGUCUAGCUUCUAUUGCGAUACUAACUCCGACUUAACCG